AUGAGUUUUCGACGCGGGGGGAAGACGUCCACGUUCAGCAACUUGCCGUUCGGGCUGAGCUACAGCGCCGUAGGAAACAAUGAGAGCACGGAGAAGCCCACGAUUCCCCUGCCAGUGAACAACCCGAUCAAUGGAAGCGAGCGGGGGAUCGCCAUCAAGUACAUAAACUUUCUGGAGUCCGUGCGGGACGGGCCGUUCUACACGGGGUCGAUGUCGCUGUCGAUGGACGAGACGGAAGACAGCAAGAAAAGGAAGGUCAAAACGCUCGUGGACGGCGGAGGCAUCAACGACGGGAUCGAGCGCUACUCGGACCGAUACGUCAAGAAGCGGCGCAUCGGCACCUCCGUCGACGAACACCCAUUCAGCCUGGAGUUCUUCCCCAAGGAGCUUUAUCAGGUCAUGGGCAUCAACAAGCGGAAGCUGCUGGCGCUGUCGAAGUUCAACAAGGUGGACGACAUAUUCACGGGGACAGAGCAGGACGACGCCAGCGUGAUCCCGCUCAUGGAGAAGCUGAAGGAGCUCGCGGAAAAUGAGGACGAGGGAGACGAGUUCAAGGACAAGAACGCCAACGAGUUCGAAGAAGAGCUGGACGAUGACUUCGACGAUGACGACGACGAUGACUAUAACGCAGAGAAGUACUUCGACGACGGGGACGAUGACUACGGUGGCGGUGAUGACGACUACGGCGACGAGCCUGCAUUUUAG